AUUCUCGCGAGUUUUCGUUCAGGAAGUGAACAGCGAGGCGCUGCGAACACGAGGUUUGGAUGUUAAACAACACUCAUGGCGGGACGACUGAAGAAACAAGCGAAAGAUGCCUUAAAGAUCAUAGGAUGUGGCAGUGCCCUGUUCCUGGGAUACCUCACAGCCUCCGGGGACGAGCGUUUCUAUGCCAGUGCUCUCAUGCCUGUGCUGCAGAGGAUUGUGGGAGCAGAGACGGCUCAUGUCAUGGCUGUUCGGGUGAUUGGUCUUGGACUUGUGCCUUACAACAACUACAAGGACCCAGCCUCGCUGGAAGUGCAUGUGAUGGGUCAAAAGUUCCAGAACCCAGUUGGGUUAGCAGCAGGCUUUGACAAGCAUGGUGAGGCGGUGGAUGGCCUCUAUAAACUGGGCUUUGGUUUCGUGGAGGUGGGAACUGUAACCCCAAAGGCGCAGGAUGGCAACCCAAAGCCACGUGUAUUUAGACUGGAGUCAGACCAAGCCGUCAUUAACAGAUAUGGGUUCAAUAGUUGUGGCCUUUCUGCAGUGCAAGAAAGGUUGAAAGCCAGAAAGAAUAUCCAGUCAGAACUUACAAAAGCAGGUAAACCUCUUGGCAUCAAUCUGGGGAAGAACAAGCUUUCUACAGAUGCGGUGUCAGAUUAUGUGGAGGGAGUGCGGACACUGGGCCCUCUCGCUGACUACCUAGUAGUCAAUGUUAGCAGCCCCAACACUCCUGGCCUUAGAGACCUACAGGGCAAGGAAGAACUGCGCCACCUUCUGGACAAGGUGCUUAAAGAGAGGGAUUCCUUGCGGAGUGAGAACCGACUGCCUGUGCUGGUGAAGAUUGCUCCAGAUCUUUCUACACAGGACAAGAAAGACAUUGCUGAGGUCAUCAUGGAGGUUGGUGUUGAUGGUUUAAUGGUUUCCAACACCACUGUUUCCAGGCCAGACUCUCUAAAAGACCCAAAUAAACAUGAAAUAGGGGGCCUCAGUGGUCAACCUCUGAAAGAGCUGUCCACUCAAACAGUGCGAGAGAUGUACACAUUGACACAAGGGAAGUUACCCAUUGUUGGAGUUGGUGGCGUGGCCAGCGGACAGGAUGCCCUAGAUAAGAUUCGUGCAGGAGCUUCUCUGGUCCAGCUCUACACGGCUCUAAUAUACCAGGGUCCGCCUGUAGUCAAAAAGAUCAAAAGAGAACUGGAUGAUCUACUAAAAGCACAAGGGUUUACAUGUGUAGCAGAGGCAGUAGGUGCUGAUCAUAGAGCGACAAAGACAAAGAAAGCUGCCACAAAACCACAGACCUAAAAGCCAGGCUCACACACUGGAUGUAAUGUUGUCAGAGACUUUGGCUGCUCAUAAUGCUUAACAUUCUGCAUUUACUGUUCCACAUUGGUCUCAUUCCACUUUUUCUUUUAAGCACAGUUUUGGAGUCAUUUAUGCUAUGGUGACAUGACUCAUGCCUUCCUGGUGUUGUAAAUGAAUUCUUGGUAUAAUGUAAACAUGAGUGGUACAACAUAUCUGAUAUUUUAUUCAAGAAGUUCAAGAACUAUAUGAAUUUGAAUAAAUGUUGUGCACUGCUUAAGAUUUGUAUAUAAAAAUAUAAUGCAUUUGA